CUGUGAUGAUGUGGCUCAAAAAAAUUAUUGUAUGUUAUUAUUGUUUGUUCACGGUUAAUGUUGCGUGCAGUAGUUUUAAAAUUUACGAUUCAUCACCAACAAACACAUCAACACGUCUUACUAAUCAUGCGAGAGAACUAGUUGACAUGUGUUUUACAAAUAAUUCGAAUUCUGUGAUUAUAACUGAUGAUUUGUAUCGUAACGGCUAUAGAGAUGAAAAUCUGUCUGACGAAAAUGAUAAAAUUUCGUCAGUGAUUAUAAUUACCAGCAAUUUCGAGCCGAGUAAGAUCACAGGGUUAAUACGUUCUUACCCAACGUAUGUCUUACCAUUCGAAUCAAUUAAAAAACUGAAAACACUCAUUGAGAAGUUCAAAUCAUCGACAAUCUGGAGUGUAACAUCGAAAUUUUUAAUCCUCGAUACGACAAAAGAGCCACGUUGUGCGAAUGCUGAAAAAAUAUUAAAAUUCUUGUGGAAAAUAGAUUUAUUGUUUUCGUAUUACAUGUGUUAUGAUAAUGAUAAAGAUUCGACAUUCUUUUAUACUCUAAAUCCAUUCACGAAAUACGCGCCACCACCGUGGGUCCAAGUAGAAACAACUGACGAAUUUAGCAAUAAGAAAAAUAAAAAAUUAAUACUAUACAGUCUACAAUAUUCUACUGGUAUUCAAUGUAAUUAUUUUUUAUAAUAAAUUGAUUAGUGCAAAAAGAGUUGAAUUUCGAAUUAUGAAUACUACACUGAAAAAAAGUGUUUCGUUAUCAUAACGAAAAACGGGAUGACAUAUCAUCUAUACUAACUAAAAAAACAAAUUAUUUAACAGCAAUGAGUGAACUAACUUUCAAUCUUCAGUUACUUGCACGUACAGUAGUUGUAUUGGUAUUCAUAAUAUUGGUAAUAGUAAUUAAUAACAGAUUUAAUAUAAGUGGAGCUAUUUUGGACGUGGUGAGACUGUCCGCGAGCAUGGGGAUUAUGACGCCUUUGGACCAGUUAUCGAUGAGGAUUAUUUACUUUGUUGGUUUCUUAUUCAUAUUCCUAGUGAUGCCCGAGGUUCAAGGACAUAUAUUCGCAAUAUUAUCGAAUCCUACUUCGCCUCGCAACAUGGAAACGUUAGCAGAUUUAUACAAUAAUAGUUACCAUGUUUAUUACGAUAGAAAAUUACACAAUGAUGUUGUUAAUGAAAAAUUGUGGGUUACUAAUGAAGAUCAAAAAUAUUUAUACCCUUCGGAUCAGUCUUAUGCAAGAAACUGUUCACUUGUAGCUCAAAAAAAUUCAACUACAGCGUGCAUCUUCUUUACAAGUAAACAAAUAAAAUAUGCUUUGAAAUCAAAGAAUUUACAUGUUUCGAAAGAGGCAGUAUUUAAAAAAUAUUUUGUUUUUUGGACAAGAGAGCAUUGGGCUUUAUAAGCUAAAUUGGAUAAAGCAGGUUUAAAGCCUAGGGAAAUGGGUUUAUUGAACUAUUUUGAAGAUAAAUGGAUAAAUGAUGAAUCGAAAAAAUUAAAAAGGAAAAAUAAAAUUGAAGAAAGUAAACGUUACAAUCAAGUUGAUUUAGAAAAUUUGAUAUUUCUUUAUGUUUUAAUGGGUUUGACUUUACUCUGGAGUUUAUUAAUUUUUGGGAUUGAAAGACUCUUUCAUAAGUAUUAUGAAUUCCACUGACAGUUUCAAAUGCGGAGAAAUUUUGAAAAAAAAAAAAAAGUCGCUGAGAUCGCUGCCAAGGAUUGUUUUUUUUUCCUGGACGAAUAGUUCUUCUCAACAGCCGCAAGUAAUUUUGUGAUUAAAACUAAGUUUCAAUCUCAAAAAAGUGCCAUUCGACCAUACCCACAAUAGAAAUGUAUAUUCCUUAUUUCAAUCAAUUUAUAAAUUUUUUUCUUAAGUAGAUUUCUCAUAAAAAUCUAUGAUAUAGACUUAAUUUAGAUCCCACGAAAUCAAUUCUUGUACCCUUGAAGCGCACUGUAAAAUAAAAUAACAAACUUUUUAUUAUUAAAAAAAAGUAUUA